CUUUGCGGCACCGUAGGUGAGGUGGCAGCGUGGAUCCUAGCUCCGCGCAAUUCCUCCGGGUGGGCAGCUUCUUCUGGGAAACCGCGGCAGAUAGGAGUUUGGGGAGGACGGUGACCCAGCUACGAUUCUCUCAAAGGUCGCCCUCCCCCUGGACUUUGAAAUGCUUUACAUGAUCGGUUUGGGCCUGGGAGAUGCCAAGGACAUCACAGUCAAGGGGCUGGAAGUUCUAAGACGCUGCAGUCGAGUGUAUCUGGAAGCCUAUACCUCAGUCCUGACUGUAGGGAAGGAAGUUCUGGAAGAGUUUUAUGGAAGAAAAUUGAUUCUCGCUGAUAGAGAAGAAGUGGAACAGGAAGCAAAUAAUAUUUUAAAGGAUGCUGAUAUCAGUGAUGUCGCAUUCCUUGUAGUUGGUGAUCCAUUUGGAGCUACAACACAUAGUGAUCUUAUUCUGAGAGCAACAAAACUGGGAAUCCCUUACCGAGUUAUUCACAAUGCUUCCAUAAUGAAUGCUGUAGGCUGCUGCGGUUUACAGUUGUAUAGGUUUGGAGAGACAGUGUCUGUUGUUUUUUGGACAGACACUUGGAGACCAGAAAGCUUUUUUGACAAAGUGAAGAAGAACAGACAAAACGGCAUGCACACAUUAUGCUUACUAGUGUGGAAAUGGCUGGGAUCACUGUCUUUGUACACUAAGCUGGUGGUACUGAUAGAGCUUCAGAAGGGAUGGGCUGCGUUUGUCAGCAGAGACAUCAAAGUAAAGGAGCAGUCUUUGGAAAAUCUAAUCAAGGGAAGAAAGAUCUAUGAACCUCCUCAUUAUAUGAGUGUAAACCAAGCAGCCCAGCAACUUCUGGAGAUUGUUCAGAAUCAGCGAAUACGAGGAGAAGAACCAGCAGUCACCGAGGAGACACUCUGUGUUGGCUUAGCCAGGGUUGGAGCUGAAGACCAGAAAAUUGCAGCAGGCACUUUGCAGCAAAUGUGUACUGUGGACUUGGGAGGACCAUUACAUUCCUUGAUUAUCACAGGAGGCAGCUUGCAUCCACUGGAGAUGGAGAUGCUAAGUCUGUUUUCCAUCCCAGAAAAGAGCUCAGAAUCCCAAAGCAUUGAUGGACUCUGAACAUAGGCAUUUUAUUGUUAGAUGUUAAUUUCAGUUAUAUAUGCACAUACACAAAUCAAACAGGUCUUUUGGUUUACCUAGUAUGUAUAAAACGAGUGACCAAGAAGAAAGAUGCUGACUCAACAGUGCUUGGUUUCCUUUGGCAAUGAGUUUUUUCCCUAUAAUGUCAUCAGUUUUUGCUGCUAUUUUGGCAGUUUUUCAGGAUAUACAUACAUGGAGCAGACCAUGCUGGAAAACUUAGAGAUAGACAUCCAUCGACAGAACCAUUUAAAAGCAAUUUUUGUUUAUGAAAUCAGUUGAUACAAGGUGGAACUUUCUUCUUUCUUAAAAUGUCAGAUGUCCUGACUGCAAGAUAAGUUGUCCUGACAGCAUUUGGUAUUAAUGCAUAUAAACAGAGGUGGGAAGAAUAAGUCCCCACCCAACAGUCCUACUUACUUAAAGCUCAGCUGAGCACAUGCCACAACAUGACAUCCUUUUGAAUUGCCUUGUCUUGUUUAGCUGACGUCCUAAUUAUGUGCCUCAUAUUCUGCUGUAUUUUGGAGGUUAUAUAAUUGUUGAAUUACAAAUGUUCAGCCAGCCAUGUACAGUUGCUGUUUGGUUUUAAGUAGCAUCUUUCACAUCCAAGCUGACAAAUGGAAAACUUGCUGACUACAAAAUAAAAUCUUUAAAAAUUUA